CUGAAGAUCCACACACCACAAAAGCAGUGGAUGCAAUCAGGUACUUCACGCAGCCAAGUCCUAGAGAUAUACUCCCUGGGAAACACUGGUCCUCAAAGGGCAUUUCGGCUGUCUUCUAACACCACCCUGAUCCAAGGAAGGAAUGAAAACUAAGAAGAGACUGCUAAUGUUGCUUUUCUGCCUCUUCCUGUUGCUGAUGGCUAAGGUCGUCUUCAGGAACCUCCAGGAAGAUGAACUUCGGCGCUCAGACUGGUUUAACCCCAGGAUGCGUGUGGACGUCAUCACCACCACGGACUGGCUGGCUCCAGUCAUAUGGGAAGGCACCUUCGACAGAGAGGCCCUUGGGAAAUAUUACAGAAAGCAGAACAUCACCGUGGGCUUGGUUGUGUUUGCAGUUGGCAGUCUCACUGACCAGUACCUGGACCCAUUCUUGCGAUCAGCCAGUAAGUUCUUCAUGCCUGGCUAUAAGGUGAUCUUCUACGUCAUGGUGGAUAGGUUCCUGCAGCUACCUGAAAUGGACUACGACCCUCGGCACUCCUUUCAAAUCCACCUCAUAGGUGAGGAGAGAUGGUGGAACAACUUCGACCUCAUGCGCAUGAAGCUGCUAGGUGAGCACAUCCAAGACCACAUCCGACACGAGGUGGACUUCCUCUUCAGCAUGAGCGCGAACCUGGUCUUCCAGAGCGAGUUUGGAGUGGAGACCCUGAGCAUGUCUGUUGCCCAGCUCCAUGCUUGGUGGUAUUUCCGGAAGACAGGGGAUCUUCCUUAUGAGAGGAGACCUAUGUCAGCAGCCUACAUUCCCUUUGGGCUGGGGGACUUCUACUACGCUGGCACCAUUGUAGGGGGCAUGCCCCUCCGGGUUCUAGACUUGACUCAGGAAUACAUGAAAGGGGUUGUUCUGGAUGCGGAAAACGGACUCAACAGCACCUACGAGAAAUACCUCAACAAAUAUUUCUUCCUCAACAAGCCCACCAAGCUUCUCUCCCCAGAGUACAGCUGGGACCCCACCUUUCACACCCUUCGGCAAGUGCGGUCCAUGAAGAUUGCUCAGUAUCCCAUAGACAGUUUAUGAUGUGCCAGUGUUUAUGGGCUAAUGAACAACCCCAGUAGUUCCUUAUAGAUACAGAAUGUCUUUUUAAAGACUCACACUUCAGAAGCCUGAUAAUGUACACUCUUUCCAAAUCAACUGUUUUUUUUCUUGCGAUUUUGAAUCAGCCAAUUUGACUGAAACUGAAUGAAUAAAAGGUGAUAUUUUAUGUCCAUACACAUAAUGCCGUUAGCUCUGUGGUGUAGGCAACGUGAAGUUAUUGAGAUACGGAGCAUAUUUUAUUUAAUGGAGGAAGACUUUAGUUUACAAAUAAAAAUCUUUUCACACAAUGAAAAAAUGCUUUAAUAUUAAUCUAUAGAAG